AUGUCCCUCGCGCUGCUUGCUGCCUUCCAAAAUUUCCCUAUUUUCCCCAAGGUCCUCCCGUACCUGCCGCAGAGUGCUCCUCUUGCCUCCCCUUCCCCUUCCCUCCCGCGCGUGAGUGUGUGUGUUUGUGUGGUUGCGAGCUUCGUCCCGCCUCAAAACAACAUCAUCGCCUUUCCCUUCUUCUCUCGCCUCGACGAGCCCGACCUGGUGCAGUUCCCCGAGUACCUAUUUCUAAAUCUCUUGGUCAACCUCCUUCCUGCGCCGAAAUCUCAAUCCGAUUUCCAUGUCAAUACGUUAAUCGCGACCCAAUCCCCGAGCAUUCGACAGUCUCUCACCUUCCUCGGCCCCCACCUGGAGCUAUUUUCUCAAUUGACACAGUUGAUCAACCACCUACCCGCCGUUUUGCCUCUUUUUCCCGACGACAACAACAACAACAGCAACAGCUCACAUCUCUCAGAGCCACAAGCACUCUUUACUUUGACUGUCAAACAUUCACGACGAUCUCCCGUUCGGCCCGCCAAGAAAUUCCUUCGGGACGACGAUCUUUACGGAACGACAAUUUCAACCACCGGUAAAGGAAAGCCUACAGGCAGAGGAAGAGAGAUGGGUCAAAUAGCGAGAGCAGCACUUUCGUCAGUGCUGUCCGCGGCAGUGGUUUCGGCGCAGUCAAGCUGUAUUUCUCUGCAGGGAUCGACGACAUGUUCAGCUUUUCAGUCAGCAUCCGUUUCGACUACAGGCUUUGUGGCGGGGAUUUUCCCCUUCCUUCAAUAUGUGUCCAGCAGAGAAACAUUUGAUCAGCAGAUGUCGUCUUAUCUUGAGACAACAUACGUGCGGGAGAACAACGUCAAUCUUACCAACCCGGACGAGCUAUACGCACGUUUCACGGCUACAGUUGUCUGCAACUCAAUUGUUCAGAAUUCGAUCGACGCAUGCAAUUUGACUGCAUCCAACUCACGACCCGUGUGCGCCGACACUUGUGCCGAAUUCGCACAAAGUGAGGCUCUGCUCACCUCGGACAGCAGUCUCUGCGGCAACCCGGGCAGCAAUCUCGUCAAUCAAAUUCGAGCAGACUUCACCAACUGCGCUCUGCCUGCCGGCUCUCUGUCAUCUUCCAACUGCAUUCAAGGCGUCGCCAACGAGAAGGAGAACUGUGGAUACGGCAACAGCACCCGUUGUGCCGGAGCCACGCUACCCUCCAUUUUCCCUACCAUGACCUUCGCACCCCCAACGGCAACGGCGACCCCGAGCCCGUCAAAUACGGCAGCUGCAUCCAAAGGACUAUCAGGUGGUGCCAUUGCCGGUAUCGUUAUCGGCAGCGUGGUAGGCGCUCUGUUGCUUGCCGGCCUCAUCUUCGCAUGCAUCUUGCUCGCCAAAAGAAGAAGACGUGGGAGCCAGAAAGGCAGUGUGUUCAACCAACCGUCACCCUCUAGGCAAGGACCGUCUACGGUUAAGAUAGCGCCGGCCCAGACCACGAGCGGAUACGAAGUCUUGCCCGGCGGCCGAAUCGCCCGAAUGUCAGCUUUGGAGAGCGCAUCAGACCCGGCUCCUGUCCCGCCCAGCCGCAACAGUGGCCCCCUCAUGGCCGCCGCCGCUGGAGGAGCAGCAGGAUAUAUGACGGGCAGGAGGAGAGGCGACGAUCCGUCUUCAUCCGAAUUUGGAGACAGCCCCGAGUCGGAAUCCAGAGCUGGUGUUCUACGGCCCCCUCCCACUAACAUCCGGAGGACGGGAUCUCUAUCUAGUAGCUCAGUCCUGGCGGAUCCGCAAUCGCCAACGAGCGCCGGAAUGUCGUCUCCACAAGGCAUGGCCAGCCAGCAAUCUGAGCAGCUGCCAUUCUUCAAGGAUUACUACUCUCAAGACGACAUCCACCCCGGUGAUAGAGUCGCUACACUCUGGGCCUAUCAACCCCGUGCCCCCGAUGAAUUUACUCUCGAACGCGGCGAUAUGCUCAAGAUUGUGGGUAUCUGGGACGACGGUUGGGCAACGGGUAUUCUGGUGGAUGAGCGGGCCGAUGAAUGGGAAGCUCGACGACAGGCCCAACGAGACAGCGGUGUUUCCAACACUUCUGGCCGGCAUCAGGACAAUUCGCCGCCCGUGAGCGGCGAGAUCAAGGCCUUCCCCCUCGUUUGCGUCUGCUUACCGGAACACUGGAGGAAAACUAUUGAAGGGGAUGUCUCGACAGAAGUUGUCUUUUCAGCAUGGGCUACGGCGUUGAGGCAUCGAGCUUGUAUUGACUUCGGCCUCACAGAGAGGUCGAAGUUCCCUUCGGGCGACAUUGACCAGCGACUCUUAAUGAAACAGACGAAACGAACGAACGAAACUUUCUUCUUCAACGCGGCAUCGCUUCGAAUCACGACGACCACUCGGAAGCCUUCACAGACCAAUUCGAGCACCCCAUGCGAGUGUAAGAGGUCGGGGAGGGCCUAUGCGACAUACUUAAUGGCGGACCUCUUGGGCAGAAGAGCUGAGCCUGCGGCAGCGGAUAUGUCUGGCUUGUCGUCCUUGGUAUUACUCGGUCACACAUCGACUCCCGAUCGACUAGGUGGAGGCGAGGACAACGACAAAGCCUGGGCACUUGGUUUUGAGGAGGUGAAUCGGAUUUCGUCUUAA